UCCAUAUAGAUUUAUCAGAGAAAAUGUUUAGAUUUGCGUUUUUAAGUAAAAACUCUCUCAAGACAUUGGUUUUAAUUCUGUCUUCCCUGAUCAUCCUAUAUAUAUCGAAUAAAGUUUGGAGUGCUUCAGAGUAUACCGGCACAGGAGUGAGAGAAAUAUUAGGAAAAGAUCUGCCACUGGUUCAUCCACAAGCCUGUGUUAGAACAAACAAGAUAACGCCAAAACAAGUUAGUUUUAUAAUGUGUGCAAAGCCCAAUGAUGUUAUUUCAAACAUAAUCAUCUCAGCUGGUAUUUUUGGACAAAAUGAUGUUGAACUCUUACUUUCUCUCACUACAGACUAUCCUGAUGCAACAUUUCUAGAUCUUGGGGCAAACCUUGGGAGUUUCAGUGUGGCAGCUGCUGCUUUGAAAUACAGAGUGGUUUCUGUGGACCCUUUUAUUACUAACCAUGCAUACUCCAGACUAAGCACUUUACUGUUUGGAUCUGAGGAGUAUGUAAGAUAUAUUCUCAACACUGUCAGUAAUGGAACAGAACCUUUAUACCCCUGGUAUCGGGAUCCAUUGAACCAAGGUAAACAAUUCUUCCCUUUUCUAUCAACUUUCUUAUGUCCCUGGUAUCUGGAAUCCAACAACUCAUG